AUGCGAGGUGUAUGGACGCCAGGCUUGUGGUGCCACGCGCACGUAUACCAUGGUUCGAUAGGAUCCCUGCAUCCUUCAUUGCUUCGAUGUGCUGUGCGAUCUAUUCAUACCCGUCGUAAGCCGAUCACUAUACCUGAGUCGAUCAAGCUUUCGAUCCUGGACUUCCCACCGCAACCGAGGCCGACACGACCACUAUCUGCACUCAUGCGUCGGGCAAAGACCCUCGUCUUCAAUGGGCCGAAGGGCGAGGUUGUCGUGCCAUUGCAUCAUUUUGUCAACAUGGUCUGGGCCGAUAACCCCGAGACCAAACAACGCAAUGUGACAUUUGCCGUGGAAAAUGAGGACAUCAAGUUACAACGAGGAAUUUGGGGCUUGACUCGCGCACUGUGUGCAAAUGCUAUCAAGGGUGCCCAGGAUGGCCAUGAGGUCACGCUUCGCCUCGUCGGUGUUGGUUAUCGUGCGAGUAUUGAGCCUGAUCCUUUGCCUCGCAAGCAUCCACUUGAGGUUGAGCUGGAGCGUGGUCGUGGUCAUUGGUAUGCAGCCGAGCAAAAGCAGACUGAGAUUGAUCGCGUGAAGCGCCUCAUUGAAGCAUCCGGUCCAAAUCAGCGUCUUCAUUUGCGUCUUGGAUAUUCGCACCCUGUUUUGGUCCCGAUUCCGUAUGGAGUUCAGGCUGAAACUCCCUCACCUACAACCAUUAAGCUCUCAAGCGCAAAUAAGGAGCUACUUGGUCAGUUCGCUCAGAGUGUGCGCCAGUUCCGAAAGCCGGAACCGUACAAAGGCAAAGGUGUCUUUAUCAAUGAUGAGCAGAUUAAGCUCAAGACACCCAAAAAGAAGUAA